AUGAUGAAGCACUACAGUGGUGUCGGUUUAGAGACUUAUUUACCAUUCAUGCAUUCCCCUAGACAGCGCAAUACUGGGCUUUUGCAUCGAGUUUACAGAUUUGAAAACGUAAGCUGCCCUCAGAUGCCGCAUGGUUCCCGUGGUACCUGGAACUACACUCUUGGUAAUUCUGAUGCCCUUAAACUGACUGUCAGUAAGCCUGUCAUGUUACAUGGAGUGCAGCAUUUUGGUAGUGAAGGUGGCGAAUACACAGCUUCAUUAGAAGUGAAAGGUGUGGCAAAUGGUUUUUCUCUGGUAAAAUUGAGGGGCACGUAUUCCUCCAAGAAAGAUGAGACGAAUGGUUACUAUGGAUAUGAUGUCAUGUUUGAUCACCCUGUUUGCCUUGAGCAGGGUAAAACGUAUGAGAUUGUAUCUCUUAUCAGAGGUCCACUAUCGUGGUAUGUGGCUAAGGGGAAAGAAUCUGACGAAAUUCAAGGAAUCCAGUUUUCGUUAAGCCAUUCACCUGCUUCUUCAAAUAGCACUGGUGUAAAUGAUGGCCAGUUUCCUGCAUUUAUCUUCAGCAAAAUGUAGUUUAAUUCUUAGCUGAUGAUACAAUUGUUACUUUAUCAACAAGGUGGUACUCUGCAAAAUAAUGUCAUUUUGUUAUUUAGGGGAAAACCUCAUUAAACAAGGCAGAUUCUCUUAACGAGAUACCAGGUCUGGGCACACUUGGGCCAGUCAAAUUUUUCAUUUUUCUGACAAAAACGGAAAAAGAAAAUACCUGUAUUACUUAUCCUUAUCAUAUUUACAUAUUUUAAAAAACAGAAAAAAAUAGAAAAACAGAAAAUUGUCAGGAAAAUGUCAUUUUUUUCAUUUUUUGAAAUAAUUUUUGAUGUCUGAAUUAAAAAAUACAAAAAAUAGUGUAAACGGCUAAAAGCGUUAUUUUGCUAUUUUUCAGUUUUUCAAUAUUGUAAGAAAAGUGAGAAAAAUGAAAUAAUCUCCAAUUCCUAGCUCAUUUUUCCAUUUUUCUGUCUUUCCCAAAAAACAGAAAAACCGAGUCUUUAGUCUUCUUCGCGGUUGCUUUUACGGUCGUCACGCAACGUUCCUUCCCACAAACGGCUGCUUCUUUCGAACUACAUUCCCUUCCCUUAUGUAACCAAUAUGGUUCUUGAUGUGACUAAUCAGAAUUUGGUUCUCAUAUCCAACUAGCCAAUCACAGUGCGUGUCUUAUAUUGGGGAGGAGCAUUGUGUCACGACCCUAAAAACGGCUGCGAAGGUGACUAAGGUGGGUUAUAUGAUUCGCGUAUUUUUUUCUAUUGGACCGGACUAUCAGCCAAAUCUGUUAAUCUCUAAAUGGUAUGUGCGGUAGAGAUGGGUUUUAAUAAACAUUUGCAGAAAAGGCUAAUAUUUCUUUUUUCGCAUUCGGUCUGGCCUGCCAGUUCUAACUUUUGGAAAGUGCCCUAAGGUCUAGACCAAACAGCGACUUUUUCCUAGCCUGAGACGAACCGAAGGCUGUUGGAUCAGAAGUCGAAAUUAGGACGUGUUGACUUUUUUAAUCAACUGAAUCAGAUCAGUAAUAAAUUUUCUCCCGAACGAGGCUAAAUAUACAUUAUCAUACAAAUGUUUAAUUUAUUAGUUUAGUUCGUGGCAUGUGAAGGUCGAUGUUUGUCCCAACGGAUUCUCUCCGUCUGAAGCAGAUGGAUAGAUCGUGUUGGACGAUCCAGGCACAUUCAGACAAACGUUAUAAGUGAGCCAGACGUCGAACUUUUACUGCCAGAAUUGUAGCUGGUUUAUAUCUAUGCAUUAUAUAGUCUGUAUAGUUAACCACUACCAUAUCCUGUUCGUGAAAUAAGGUGUGGUUGGAAGAUGGUGGUGGCCUUAAUUUUUUACGUUGCUCAAACUUCAAAAGCUACUGAAAAGUUGCCGUGCACAUUUUAUGUACAUACACCUUAUCUUUGUUAUCCGUUACUUCUGCCGAAUAAAUCAUAGGUGUAAUAAAGAUGUUAUUUUAAACACGGAAUUACUGCUUUGUCAGGUCUGAUCCAAUUUGUUAAACUUUAAGCCAAAAAGGCUGUAAUUCAAACAAAGGAUAGGUUGCAUGUUUCAUCAUCCAGUUUCCCUUAAGCAGGGUAAAACGUAUGAGAUUGUAUCACUUACCAAAGGCCAGCCAUCGUGGCGUGUGAUAGACAGUAAAAACUCGUACGAAGUUGAAGGAAUCCAGUUUACAUUCAGCAAAUCAGCUUCUUCUGUGAAUGGAACUGUUGUUCUCCGUGGCCAGUUUCCUUCAGUUAUUUUCAGCAAAAUGUCGUUUUAUUCUUAA